AUGGAUGAGUCAUUGCCAUUGUCUGAGUUUCCGAUUUUCGCGUGGUGGUUUAGGGGAACUGCGUUCGACAAUCUGAACGGAGCGGGUGGGUGGCGAUACUAUGUGAAAAGGGUAUGGUUAAUUAAUGCCUCCGACAUUGCUCUUAGUUGCCACCCUGCGGAGUCGGGGUAUGGAUCCCCGGUGCCGAGGCAGCAAGCCAGUAUGACUAGUAGUUAG